UGUUUCCACAGCCACCAUGUCCACCAGGAGGCUGCGCAGCGAGGACUACAACGACUACAGCUCCACAGAGGCUACGCCUGACGGGAGCCCCCCCGAAGGCAUAAACAGCUUUGCCUCGCCGUCAUCCUACCAGCGGUUCGGGGAGAGCAACGGGACGACAUGGUUUCAAACCUUGAUCCACCUGGUGAAAGGGAAUAUUGGCACUGGCCUGCUGGGACUGCCCCUGGCUGUGAAAAACGCUGGCAUCGUGCUGGGCCCGCUCAGUUUGCUGGUGAUGGGAAUCGCCGCAGUGCAUUGUAUGGGCAUCCUGGUUAAAUGCGCUCACCACUUCUGCAACAAAUAUCAAAGGCCUUUUGUGGACUAUGGAGAUGCUGUGAUGUACGGGCUGGAAGCCAGCCCUAGCGCCUGGCUUCGGACCCACGCCAUCUGGGGAAGGUACGUAGUGGGAUUUUUCUUGAUUCUCACCCAGCUGGGGUUCUGCUGUGUGUAUUUCGUAUUUCUGGCUGACAAUCUGAAACAGGUGAUCUCUGCAGCAAAUGGCACCACCAAUGACUGCCAUUCCAACAAAACCACGGUGCUGACUCCCACCAUGGACUCCCGGUUGUUCAUCCUCUCCUUGCUUCCGUUCCUGGUGCUGCUCGUGUACAUACAGAAUCUCAAGUUCCUGUCCAUCUUCUCCAUGCUGGCCAACCUCGCCAUGCUGAGCAGUCUCAUCAUGAUCAACUGGUAUAUCAUCACGGGCAUUCCGGAUCCCAGCAACCUGCCUCUCGUAGCGGGCUGGAAGACCUACCCUCUGUUUUUUGGCACGGCUAUCUUUGCUUUCGAAGGUAUCGGUGUGGUGCUCCCCCUGGAAAAUAAAAUGAAGAAUCCCCGGCACUUCCCAGUGAUCCUGUAUGUGGGAAUGGCCAUAGUCACCAUCUUGUACAUCAGCCUGGGGACCUUGGGAUACCUGCGAUUUGGAGCCAGCAUCCAGGCCAGCAUUACUCUCAACCUGCCCGACUGCUGGCUGUACCAAUCUGUCAAGCUGCUCUACUCCAUUGGGAUCUUCUUCACCUACGCGCUGCAGUUCUACGUCCCUGCGGAAAUCAUUGUGCCCGGGGCUGUUUCCCAGGUGCCAGAGCGCUGGGCGCUGUGGGUCAACCUGCUCCUCAGGACGUGCCUUGUCUGCGUGACAUGCCUGCUGGCAAUCCUGAUCCCCCGCCUGGACAUCGUCAUCUCUCUGGUGGGCUCUGUGAGCAGCAGUGCUCUCGCCCUCAUCAUCCCUCCCCUGCUGGAGAUCACCACCUAUUACUCCGACGGCCUCCACCCUGUCACCAUCGCCAAAGACAUCCUGAUCAGCGUCCUGGGCUUUGCGGGGUUUGUGGUGGGCACCUAUGAGUCCCUUUGGGCUCUGGCCACCCCCCCCAUUUCCAACACCACCAAUGCCUUGGCAUUUGUCCAGGAGAAGUGA